AUGGCUCCUCUGACUCCUAGACUGGUAGUGCCCAUAGAUGUGAAGAAGCAGCCAUGGGAGCAAAAGGUUCCUCUCCAUAACCGCUGGCAUCCAGAUAUCCCUCCUGUCGCUGAUGUAACCGAAGGGGAAUUGUUCCGCGUUGAGAUGGUAGAUUGGACCGGAGGGCGGGUUAGAGAUGAUAACUCUGCAGAUGACAUCAAAUUCCUGGAUCUCACAAUUACUCAUUAUCUGAGUGGCCCCCUAAGAAUAGUUGAUUCUGAAGGGGUUCCAGCUUCACCAGGUGAUCUUCUUGCGGUAGAAAUCUGCAACCUUGGCCCACUUCCUGGAGAUGAGUGGGGUUAUACUGCAAUAUUUGAAAGAGAGAAUGGAGGUGGGUUCUUAACUGACCACUUUCCUACUGCGAGAAAGGCCAUUUGGUAUUUCGAAGGAAUUUAUGCAUACUCCCCUCAGAUACCAGGUGUUCGUUUUCCAGGAUUGACUCAUCCUGGUAUAGUGGGAACUGCACCAUCAGUUGAACUUCUUAAUAUAUGGAAUGAAAGGGAGAAAAGAUUGGCUGAGACAAGUCCACAGGCUCUUAAACUGUGUGAAGUCCUACACCAGAGGCCCCUUGCUAAUUUACCGACCCCUGAGAACUGCUUACUUGGAAAGAUUCAGGAAGGGACUGCUGAAUGGCACAAAAUGGCAAAUGAAGCAGCCAGAACUAUUCCAGGAAGGGAGAAUGGUGGUAAUUGUGACAUAAAAAAUCUAAGCAGAGGUUCCAAAGUUUAUCUACCAGUAUUUGUUGAAGGAGCAAAUCUUAGCACUGGUGAUAUGCACUUCUCCCAGGGCGAUGGUGAAGUUUCAUUUUGUGGAGCAAUCGAAAUGAGUGGAUUCCUUGAGCUAAAGUGCGAGAUCAUAAGAGGGGGGAUGAAGGAAUACUUGUCCCCAGUUGGUCCGACACCACUACAUGUGAACCCUAUCUUUGAGAUCGGUCCUGUUGAGCCACGUUUCUCAGAGUGGUUAGUGUUUGAGGGCAUAAGUGUGGAUGAAUCUGGGAAGCAGCAUUUCCUUGAUGCAUCAGUUGCUUACAAGCGUGCAGUCCUGAAUGCCAUUGAGUACCUUUCCAGAUUUGGGUACUCCAAGGAGCAGGUGUAUCUCUUACUAUCUUGCUGUCCCUGUGAGGGUAGGAUCUCUGGAAUAGUAGACUCUCCUAAUGCAGUUGCAACUCUUGCCAUCCCUACAGCAAUAUUUGAUCAGGUAUAUCUUUUACUAUCAUGCUGCCCAUGCGAGGGUAGGAUAUCUGGAAUAGUAGACUCUCCUAAUGCUGUAACAACUCUUGCCAUCCCUACGGCGAUAUUUGACCAGGAUAUAAAGCCAAAAUGCCUGAAUGGGAGACCACUUGGAGGACCACAAUUGAGAAGACUUCCAGAUCUUCUAAGCUGCUCAAACAAUGGACACCUUCCUGCCACCCAAGGCAAAAGUGGUACAAGUGCGCCCUAG